AUGGUAUUAAAAAAUCGUGAACAUACGCAGGAAUUUACUAAAAAAGGUUAUGAUACAACAGCACUUUCUCUCAGCUAUGUUUUAUUACAUUUGGCUGCAUAUAAAGACAUACAAACAAAAGUAUAUAAUGAAAUAUUGGAAGUUGUUGGUGACAUAAAUGUAGACUCAAUCAAUGUUGACGAUUUACCAAAGCUCAAAUAUAUGGAGAUGGUUCUAAAAGAAUCUAUGAGAUUAACUCCAACGAUUCCACUAAUUGUAAGAGAGCCAUCCCAAGAUAUUAAAAUUGGCAAUUAUAUAAUUCCAAAAGGAGUAUCUAUAUUAAUUCCAAUCUUUACUAUCCAUCGAAAUCCAGAAUAUUGGGAAAAUCCAUUAAAAUUUGAUCCAGAACGAUUCACAGCAGAAAAUAUAAAAAAUCGUCACCCUUACGCGUACAUUCCAUUCAGUGCUGGUCCUAGAAAUUGUAUUGGUGGUCGAUAUGCAUGGAUCUUUAUGAAAACAACGUUGGCUGCAUUAUUAAGCCGGUAUGAAUUUCACACCGAUAUAAAUUUGGACACAUUAAAGUUUGAAGCAGCGAUUUCACUGAAAUUAGUUAAUGGGCACCAAGUACGAAUCACACCACGAUAUAAAUCAUAA